AUGAGGUCCCCGAGACUAUGGGUCGUGAUGUGUAUGAUGACUGUUUGCUCCCAGCUCGGUACUUCCAGCAAAUACGGGUGUUUGUUUGAGAAGAGGCUUUGCAGCAGGGAUCAGCUGUGUUCAGAUGAUGGUCUGUUUGGUCAGUGUCAGGGGUCCAAGCAGGAAGCGGUCUAUUAUCAGGUGUCUGUUCCGGUGCUGCACAGACUACAGGAGGUACUCAAGGAGCUGAUGGUGCAAGGGCUGACUUGGCAAGAUGACAUCACACAGUACCUCAUCUCCCAGGAGCUUAAGGACGUCCCACUGGCCCCGCCCUCUUACGCACCUGCUGCCGGGUCGCCUACAAAGUUCUCCCAGCGUUCCCAGUCCUCUAAGCUCCAAAAGCCUGUCUCCAAGCCCAGCCUCAGCGGGCCAGUGGCCAACAAGCUGCAGCGCUACCCGGACUACAACAUAGUGGAAGCUCCCCAGUCACCCUUACACAUGCAGAGCCUGGAUCCAUACAGUUACCAACAGAAGUUCAGCUACCAGGACGAACAGGAGCGAUCCCUGAACUCCAACGUCAACAGGGGGCGAUACCCGCGGCCCUCCUCUCGCUCCUCAGCCUCCGCCUCCUCCUCAGCCUCCGCUGGUCGCUCGGCAGCCCCCCAGGAUGACCUGUAUGACGACGCGACACUACAGGACGUGAUGCUCCUGCUGGACUUGUUUCCGCCCGCACCGCCGGCCUCCCGCCACCGGGGUGCAGCAGCACCCCUGUCCUCCGCGUCCUUCCUGCCGCCGGAGGACUACAUGGAGGGCUACAUCUCACAGGACCUGGAGGUCAGCAAGCAGGAGCAGCAAGUGGAUAAGAAGACGCCGUCAGCACAAGACUACGGGCCUCUCUCUGUCUUGGAUGAUGAGAGCCUUCAGAAUGUCAACAGCAUCCUCCUGCAGCUCCAAGGCACCUCUCUGAAGGAGCUGACCCCCGAGCAGCAGGGGGUCCUGGCCCAGGCACUGGGCAUCACGCAGGAAGACACAGACACACAAGAGGCUCAAGAGGUCACCCCUUGUCUCAAGCUCACCGAAGGUUCCAUGACUCACCUGAUAGAGAAGGCCUCCGCCCCCAAGCAAUCCGCCCCUGUAGCGGCCCAGGUCACCCCUGGCACCCCCAUAGCUCCAGCGCCAGUUGCCCCGGCCCGCACUAGCCCAGUCCAGAAGACAAGUACUGGGGCAGUAGAAUCAACACCACCACCACCACCGCCACCACAGUCAGCUUCACAGGGGGACAAGAUGGCUGCCGAUGCACCUGUUGGAGAGGUGGGGAAACACGCCAAGAAGGAGUAUGGAUAUAUUGUUACUAAUCAGAGUCCCCUCAGUCUAUAUGACGGGGUUCACCUGCUGGAGACUCUGGCAUGGAGGAUCCACCUCACCACCUCCUCCUUCAUCAACAUCAGUGUGGUGGGUCCAGCGCUGACCUUCCGCUUGCGACCCAAUGACCAGAACCUCACGGCACAGGACGUCUCUGACAAAGCAGUGGCUGAGAAGACUUUUCUGGAGUCAGAGACAGGUCUGAAGAUACUGCAGUCUGGCAUUGGGGAGAAGAAUGACGUGCAUGCGUUGCCCGUGGCGACCCGGGUGCGCGAGGGCGCGCGCUGGGUGUCCCUGACGCUGGUGGGCGUGGCCUGUGUGGGUGGAAUCCUGGUGGGGGCGUUAACCGUGGCAUGCCUGCGGAACCAUGCUCGCAAUCUGGCCUCCGCCAAACUGGGCCUGGGACCCGAGGCCGGGGGAGUCACUCACUUCGAAUACCAGGACCUCUGUCGUCAGCACAUGGCGUCCAAGGCCCCGCUGGGCCGGACGGAGAGCGGCGUGAGCGGGGCGAGCGCAGGGGGGGCAAGCGCCGGUGCCCCCCGGGGGGCCGCGGGGGGGUCGGUCUCGGGCACAGGAAGUGGCGGCGGCGGGGCAGGAACUGACACGUCGCGCGUGAGCAGCGUCUCGUCCCAGUUCAGCGACGCCCCACAGCCCAGUCCCAGCUCCCACAGCAGCACGCCCUCCUGGAGCGAGGAGCCGGCACAGUCCAACAUGGACAUCUCCACUGGACACAUGAUACUGGCGUACAUGGAGGACCACCUGAAGAAUAAGGACCGUCUCCUGAAGGAGUGGGAGGCGCUCUGCUCCUACCAGGCCGAGCCCAGCACCACCUCCACGGCCCAGAGCGACACCAACCUCAAGAAGAACCGCUGCCCAGACGCCGUGCCAUAUGACCACUCUCGUGUGAAACUGAAGGCAGAGGGAAAUCCUUCCAGGACGGACUACAUCAAUGCCAGCACCAUAAUUGAACAUGACCCUCGGAUGCCUGCCUACAUCGCUACCCAAGGACCCCUGUCACACACCAUCUCUGACUUCUGGCAGAUGGUUUGGGAAAAUGGCUGCACGGUGAUCGUGAUGAUGACUGCCCUGGUGGAAGAUGGAGAGAAGCAGUGUGAUCGCUACUGGCCUGAUGAGGGAUCCUCUCUGUAUCACAUCUACGAGGUGAACCUGGUGUCGGAGCAUAUCUGGUGUAACGACUUCCUGGUGCGUAGCUUCUACCUAAAGAACGUGCAGACGCAGGAGACCCGCACCCUCACCCAGUUUCACUUCCUCAGCUGGCCCGCGCAGGGGAUACCCUCCUCCACACGCCCCCUGCUGGACUUCCGCAGAAAGGUGAAUAAGUGCUACAGAGGACGCUCCUGCCCCAUCAUCGUGCACUGCAGUGACGGCACCGGACGCACAGGGACCUACAUCCUGAUUGACAUGGUAUUGAACCGCAUGGCCAAAGGAGUGAAGGAGAUUGACAUCGCUGCAACACUGGAGCAUAUCCGAGACCAGAGACCGGGCAUGGUGCGCACCAAGGACCAGUUUGAGUUUGCGUUGACUGCUGUAGCAGAGGAGGUGAACGCCAUUUUGAAGGCCCUGCCCCAGUGAGAACAGACCCAACAGAGAAC